CACCUCACAACUCCACACGUUUACUGUGCUUUUUACGAUUUACAACACCUAUCAUCUUCAAUAUACCUCUUUUACUACGGUUAUUGCUCCACAAAUCCAAGUGCCAUGGCCAGCGAACUGAGGUCCCUUGUGGGAGACCUCACCAAUGCCGUAAAUCGCAAGCAAUUCGACACCGCGAACACCCUCCUCGCUCGCGCAAAGCGGACCCUCCUCCUCCAGAACGCUCUUAUUCCCGCGUCUUCCACGAAUCCUGAACUCCUAGUCCUCGCCCGUGAGACCCUCGAGCUCGGCGCCCUCUCCGCCAUCCGCCAGACCGACGCCCCGGCCUUCACUCGAUACUACCAGCAGCUGCAACCGUUUUACGAUCUGGAGCGGGAAGGGAGCAGCACUCUUGACACGAGAACAAGCCAGCGCAGCAAGAUUACAGGACUUUACCUCUUGCUGCUACUUAGCUCUGGAGACGGGUCAAGCUUCCAUACGGUUUUGGAGGGUUUAGUUGAAGAGGCGAGCUUGAAGGGCGGGAAUGUCGAAGAUGAUCCGUUUAUCAAAUAUCCAGUUAAUUUGGAGAGGAAUUUAAUGGAGGGGAGCUAUGAUAAGGUCUGGCGCGAGACGAAUUCAGAAAGGGUGCCAUCGGAGGAUUUCGCGCUGUUUUCGAACGUGCUUGUUGGAACCAUUCGCAGCGAGAUCGCGGAUUGCUCCGAGAAGGCGUACCCAUCUCUCCCGAUCUCCAACGCCAAAAACCUUCUCUUCCUUGAGUCUGAAGGCGCCGUUAUGGAGUUUGCUCAGCAGCGUGGAUGGACACUUCGUGAUGGACGGAUAUACUUUCCUGUUGAGCCGGAGGCGGCCACCCGCUCAGAGAAGGAUAUCCUUGUGGCCAGCAGCACGAUUAUCGAGAAUGCGAUUGGGUAUGCGCGGGAGCUGGAAACGAUUGUCUAGAUGCGGCUUUGUGUGCUAGUACUGGUUGUAUUUGUGUUUAGAGCGAUACAAUUCACGUCUUCUCAAUUCUUA